AAGAACCUACAAACCAAAAUCUCAAAUUUAUAAGUUUUAAAAACAAUUGAAAGCAAAAAGAAAUCAUCAAAGUUUCAAGACAUGAAGUUCAUGAAACUAAUGGUCAUCACAGUUGUGAUAGUCGUCAUGUCAUCUCCUAUUUUGAUCAAAUCAGAAGUGUCAUCGUCAUGUAUUCCAACAGAACUCAUGCCAUGCUUACCGGCAAUGACCACAGGAGGACAACCAACUAAAGAUUGUUGCGACAAACUGAUUGAGCAAAAGGAAUGUUUAUGUGGUUACAUUAACAAUCCCUUAUACAGUACGUUUGUUAGCUCUCCAGUUGCUCGCAAAGUUUUAGAAGUUUGUAAUAUUCCUUAUCCUAGUUGUUAAAGCUCAAUAAAUAUGUAAAACAUUAUUAGUAAUAAUAAAUCCUAAUCUUAU